ACGAGAAGCGCUCAGAAAGAGCUGCGGAGUGAAACCAUAUCAAGGAUUUCUGUAUUUUAAACAUAGAAUAUUUCAUUAUUUCAGAGAUAAGACAUACAGCGACGUUAGGAAGAGAAAACAGCGAGCCGGCGAGUUCAGCUCCGUGCAGGAAACCCAGAACACCCCACAGAGUUACCGGGAUGUGCGGCACUGAAAUGGGUCUGAGCCACGAAGGCAGCCUAAAUCAGCUUGGUGGGAGGUUUUUGAAUGGACGACCUCUGCCUUCACACACAAGGAGGAUGAUGAUCAAGCUGGCCUCAGAGGGUGUGCGUCCGUGCCACAUUUCCAGAAUUCUGAAGGUGUCCAGUGGCUGUGUCAGCAAGAUUCUGCGCUGGUACUGGCGUACUGGACAUGUGGGACCCAAAUCCACAGGAGGCAGCAGACCACGGCUCCUCACACCUCAGGUUAUCUCGACUAUAGCUCGGUACAAGCGCUACAGCCCAUCACUCUUCGCCUGGGAGAUCCGCGAAAAGCUCUCAGCAGAGCAUGUCUGCGGAGCAGACAAAGUUCCUAGUGUAUCUUCUAUUAAUCGCAUUCUAAAGAAGCUCCAGCAUAACCAGGACAAGGAAAGAAACACAUGUGAAGGGAAUAGAUCUGAUAAAACAGGAGAUGAGAGGCUGAAUUUCUACAAUUUUGGUGAAAUGGAUCAACAGCCAGCGGCCAGCAACCUGCAAAGCACUCAGCAGCGCAACAGGAAAAAUUUCAGCCCUGAACAAUGUAAAAUAUUAGAGAAAGAAUUUCUUUGUGGACAGUAUCCAGACUUGUUUGCUAGAGAAAAGCUUUCUACAGACACCAAUCUAUCUCAGGACACCAUAAAGGUGUGGUUCUCAAACAGACGAGCAAAGAUGAGACGGGAGAUGAAGGCAGGAGAGAUUGGCUGGCCUUCACAUGGUCUGGUGCCGCCUCAUUCUCUGGGAAGCGCGUCUGUUCCCCUCUCUCUGUCGACGAACUGGCUCUGUGAGAGAACAGCGCUGCCAGUGGCGAGUGAUUUGGACAACAGAAGUUCACUGGCUCCCUUUCCAGUGGCCCAGAAUCCUGACAGCAGCCCACUCUCACUGGCUCAUUGCAGCUCGAAUAUGAGAACAGGCUUCCCGUUGGAUCAUCGCUUGGAUCGGGCGAACAUGCUCCGCUCUCAGCAGAGAGAGGAAGAGAGCGCAUACGGCCCGGCUCAUUUCACUGAAUGGGUGGCUCAUCCUUCAUUCGCUGGGCAGUAUGUUUGACUGGGAGGAAUUCAUGAGCAGAGAUGACAGAUUUAUGGCUAAGUCUUUAAGAGUUAUAGAGACAUUUUGAGAUGUUUCUGUAACUCUUUCAGAAUACUGAAAGAUACUUUUUUUUUGUAACAGCAGGGGGCAGCAAAGCAAAAAAAAUAAAAUUACUUUGGUUUUUCAUA